GUUGACUCUCAGCUAGGGAGCUCGAUCGGAUGACAGUUCGCCUCUAGAGUAUUUAGAUGAAAUGACAACGCACAAAGAGAGGAAAAUUUAACUUUAACAGAUAAGAGGUGUUUGUGAGAAAAGCAGAACAAAAUGGCAUCAAACCCAGGUGAACGAAUUCCACAAACAGAUGACCCUAGAGCAAGAAGUGCAGGUCAUCUUUGUAUUAAAUGGUGCAACGAGGAAACUGCUAAAAGCUUUCGUUUACCUGUGCAUUACCUGGCCAAACCUUUAUAUGAGAUUGAAGUUUUAUGCAGCAAUGAAGACUACUACAAACUCCAAUAUAUGUUUCAGAAUGAAAAAAUGCAGAAAACUCUUGCAGAAUUUCUUACUGAAACAAAAUAUCGAAUUCAGAAAACUGACCAACAGCUAGUGAUAAGCAUGGGUCAAAAUCUUGAUAAAGAUUCUAAAACUGUUUUAGGUGAAAUAGAGGGAAUUUUGACUACAAUGAAGAACAGUAUCAAAAUAGUGUUUGCAGGAAAAAAGUCAGAUGUUUUGCAAAUGGAAAAUACCCUUGAAAGGUUAAGUGAAAAAUGCAAGAAGGGUAACAUCUCUGUGUAUCCAGAUAAAGAAGGGGUAUGGCUUGUUGCAGAAAAGGAAGAAGAGCUAAAAGCGUUUUGUAGAACCAUAGCAAAUGAAUAUUUUGAUUGUGAAGAAGUUCUUCUAAACUUGAAGCAAGAUCAACGAGGGCAUGUUCAUUCAAAAGCAAGAACAAAAAGACGUGGAAAAAUUGAUAUGUUGUCACUUGGAAUAGAUGUAGGGGGCCCUGAAAAGGAUUCACAAGUUUCUGAUCAAGGAUCCACUAAUGUUAUAACAUCACAACCAACGGCUGUUUUACCACUGCAAAGCAAUUCAUCAACCAACAGAUGCAAGUUUGAAUUUUUUUUUUAA